UGGUUGGUUCAGUGCCGUCUCGCGCAACAUGGACUACAUCUCCCAGAAGGCUAAGGGUCAGCUGCGGGGGGUCUGCUGCAAUAUCCACGGCUGGGCGGCUAGUUCAAGUUGCCAUAGCUGCGGAGUCUGGGGAAGAGAAGAGUCAGUUGCGCCGACCGCGUCUGGUCAGUUGCAGCUUUUUGCAACGGCUAGAUCUGAGUUAGAGAUGAUUCGGCGCUGAGGGCCUCAGGCCCUCUCCUUUCUUACGUGUUUGGGAAAAGUAGAGGGACAGCCAAAGUUCAUCAAACAUACUGAAUAGGCUUUUUGCCUUGAAUCUCGUGGUCCUGACGAAAUGAUAGAAAGGAGAGGUGUGUUUAUAAAGAAAGCAUUGAUCUCAGAGGAAAGCAGUAAGGAAUUUUGGGAGUUUGCUUUAUAUACCAUCAGAUACAAGAGAUUGAACAUCCUUCAUUUGUUGCUCCAGCUUUUGGAAUCAGUUGCAGACAUUUUAAAUGUGUACUGGUGAAUCUCAUGCUGGAAAUCAUCAUACUUUCUUACUAAAAAAAGGAUUUGAAGAUAAUGGCAGAAUCAUCCAGCGAAUCAGAAUACUACCAUCACAGUCGAUUUGAUAGGCGGAAGCUUCGUACUCCCCGGCAACAUGCUACAGAUGUUACUUCAAAGAUCCAUACUUUAACAAGUACUUUACAGGAUACCAAUCGAAACCUCCGACAAGUUGACCAGAUGUUGGGACAAUAUAGAGAUUAUAGCAAUGAACAGACAGAAGCCAUAGAAAAUUUAAGAGAGACUUUGGAGCAAUCAAUAGGGCAAUUAAGAAGUCAACGUUUAUUCAGAAACUCUGAAGUAAGAAGUGCUUCUCUUUCGAGUUUGUAUGUAAGUGAUCUGGAUGGCCCCAAUGUAACAGAUAGCCAUCAUGAUAUGCGGUCUUCCUCACCACUCAGGGACUCCAGAGAACCACAGGGUUCUAGACUACACAAGUCUAGAUCAACUUCUGUCCGGUUUCUUGAUGAGCCAGAUGAUUUGGCCCAGCUUCACUCAUUGCACCAGUCCCUCCGAGAUCUCAGUAAUGAACAAGCUCGCCUUGGAGAUGAUCUCAACAGAGAGCUUUCAAGAAGAAAUAGGUCAGAUGCUCAAACUAAAAAGACUUUGGAAGAAUUAUCUGUGAGACUUGAUGAAUCUCAGAGACAAGAUACAGUUUCAGAACGGGUAGAGAAACGGCUUAAAGAAAUAGAGAAAGUGAUGCAGAAUGAAAGACAGUUGGUGGAAAGGCGUCAGGAACAGCUGGGACUCAUGAACUUAAAGUUGCAGGAAGCUCUGAGGAAACAGGAUGCUAAAGCUAGUGAAAAUGAGGGAUUGAUGAAAACCAAAUUAAGACAAUCUGAAAGUGAAAAGAUUCAAGUUGAGCAGGAAUUGGAAACAUCCCGAAGGCUGUUGGCACAGUCAGAAAGCAGUCGAGAAUCACUUUUGCUUCAGAUAGAAGAUCUACGUGCUCAACUCAUGACCUAUCAAGCACCACAAAUUUCUAGGCAACAAACAAACCAACAGAAUGAGCAUGAAGAUGACAGGAAAUUUAGACGAGGGCUUGAGAGGUCUGAUCCAGAGAAGCAAGAAAUGGAGAAACAGAUCUCAGAGCUGAAAGCCAAGUUGAACCAUAGUGUCAUGAUGUCUGAGGUACAGGAAUUGAAGCGAUGCAUUGAGAGAAAAGACAAGGAAAAAGCGCAGUUAGAAGAACAAACAGAGGUGACUAAAAUUAUGCUGAAAGAAAAAGAUGACUUGAAGGGUCAGCUUAACUUAGCUUCAUGCCGUAUUGAAAAUCUUCGACAGGAGCUGAAUGACAUCAUAAACAAGCGUGCUAAUCAGGAAGAAGAGCUUCACUGUAAGGAAAGGAAACUUAGUGAUAUGAAGUGCCGGCAAAUGGAUCUGGAGCAAGAAGUCAGGACCCUUAGAGACACUGUACAUCAAUUGGAAAAUGAAUUACAAAAACACAAUAGGGUGCACAACCAGAUAACUACUGAAAAAGAGCACCUAGAGAAGGAAAUUGCUGACAUAAGAAUUAUUCGAGAAAAAGACAAGGAAAAACUCUUUGAGUUCCAAGAGACCAUCAAGGAUCUCAAUUCUUCCCGAGCAGAGCUUGUUAACAAAGUGGCUGAAGAAGAGCGGGCCAAGAAGGAGGCGCUUAAAAACCUUUCUGAUCUCAAAAAAAUGGAGGGAUCUAACCAGGAAGAAACAAGUACAGUAAUCAGGCAAUUAAAACUAGAAAGAGAUGUUCACCAGAGAGAGCUGGAAGAUCUCCGGAUAGAAUUACAGAACAUGAAAACCAAGCAUGACCGCAACAUUCAAGAAUUAAAGCUGCAAUUUAAACAAGAACAGAGUGAGGUUGAAAGCCAUUUUAGAUCCCUGAAGGCAGAAAGCUUGGAAGACAAGAAUGUGGCUAAAAUUCAUCGUUGGCAAUUAGAGAAAAUAAAAAUUGAAUGUGAAAAGCUGGCAGAAGAGCUAACCCACCAAGAAGAUGAGAACUCAAAACUCAGGCGAAAAUAUCAUCUUGUGAAGCAGCAAUUGGAAGAAAAGGAAAAACAGCUACACAAUGAUGAAGAAUAUUUAAGGAGAAUGGAAGAAACCAAGCACCAACUCAAGGAUCAGCUCCUUUCUAUGGAAACAGAACAGGAAUCCAUUUUUGAUAUGUUAGGAAGGGAAAUUGAUACAGCUUGUGAAAUAUUCUCUAGUGACUGUUUGGAUAAAUUCAAAGCUCUUUCUACUACAACUGAUAUACACCAUGAUGUGCACCAUGAUCCACACCGUUGGUUAGCAGAAAGUAAGACUAAACUUCAGUGGCUCUGUGAAGAGUUGAAAGAGAGAGAGAACAGAGAAAAAAAGCUAAAGCAACAGCUAUUAUUGUAUAGACAUCAACUCAAGGACAUGACUCAACUGAAGGAGUCUGAGCAGCAAUCUCUGUUUGACCAGAUAGAAAGACAGGAGCAACUUUUAGAAGAAAUCCAUCGAGAAAAGAAAGAUCUUCUGGAGAAGAAUCAGAAAAAAGAUGAAGAAAUGGAAUAUCUACAGGACCGUGUGUGUGCUUUAGAAAGGAGUACCCGAGUGGCCUUGGACCAUCUGGAGUCUGUUCCAGAAAAACUGAGCCUCCUGGAAGAAUUCAAAGACUUUGGAGAUUCCCGUUGUCCAAGGGACGUGACUGAAGGGAAAUAUGCUAAGUACAAAGAGCUUGUGGAUUCUCUUCAGCAUCAACUUGAUGACUAUAGUGACAGACUCAAAAAGUUGAAAGAAAGGAAAACGAAUGUGAGUCCUUCCAUUGAUCGAGGAGAAGGUUUUUUCCCAAGUUGGAAAGAACGUAGCCGUACUUUUGAGCACAGUUCAAGUCUAUCACAGCCAAGCUCAUAUGUAAAAAAGAUGAUUCCUUUGGACUCGAUUUCAUCCAAGGAAGAUGCCACAAAUGUCUUUGCAAAUGGGAUAAGAUCACAAGCCAGAAAGGAGAAAUUCGACAGCAACAAAAAUAAAAUGCAAUCUAGCUCUUCUCAUUGAGGGACCAGUGUUUUAAAAAUAAUAACAGUUAUUCUGGCUACAAUCCGGCCCAGCUGCAAACUAACAGACCAACCUGCAGCUUCAGCUCCUCAACAAUUGCCAAACACUGACUGAAAUUACAGCACAGUUGGUUCUUGGGAAUGACAUAAGUUUAACCAAACAAAACAAUAUGUACCAUUUUGGCUGAUGGAUGGGGUGAAACUCCACGGCAAACCUUUGCUCUUUUUCUUAUGUUUUCUUUUUUCAGGUUUGGUCAGAUCACAUUUCCCUGACCAAAGCUUGGAAUUACAAUAGAGUUCUUUCAAAGGUUAUAAGCUAAAGAGUAGGAAGUCCAUUUGAGCCAGCACUUACCACUAAUUUCAAUUCAGAUAACAUUUUUACAAAAAAUGAUUUUUUAAAAAAUGCUUUCUCCCUAAUAAAUUAUCAUGUGUUAUAACAUGCCAUGGAGGUAGGCAUAUAUCAAGAAACCCAUUAGUAAAUGCUCUAUAACUCUGUCAUGUAUCAUCUUGGCAAUCUUUUACAAUAAACAUCUUUACAAGUAUUUUUAAUGCAAUUGUCAAAUCAUCCAUUUUUAAUAUCAUUAAUAAAAUUUUAAACAUUA